GUGAGACUCAGACAGUUGUUGUCACUGACUGAGAGCUGAAAUGGCGCAGAAAGGAGUUCAGCUGGACCGGGAAACCUUCUCUUGUUCCAUCUGUCUGGAUCUACUGAAGGAUCCGGUGACUACUCCCUGUGGACACAGCUACUGCAUGGACUGUAUUAAAAGCCACUGGGAUGUAGAGGAUUGUAAGUACAGCUACAGCUGCCCUCAGUGCAGGAAGACAUUCACACCGAGGCCUGUCCUGCUGAAAAACACCAUGUUAGCAGAUUUAGUGGAGGAGCUGAAGAAGACUGGACUCCAAGCUGCUCCUGCUGAUCACUGCUAUGCUGGAGCUGAAGAUGUGGCCUGUGAUGUCUGCACCGGGAGAAAACUCAAAGCACACAAGUCCUGUCUGCAAUGUCUGGCUUCUUUCUGUGAGAAACACCUUCAGCCUCAUUAUGAAUCAGAGACAUUCAAGAAACACAAGCUGGUGGAGCCGUCCAAGAAGCUCCAGGAGAACGUCUGCUCUCGUCAUGAUGAGGUGAUGAAGAUGUUCUGUCGUACUGAUCAGCAACUUAUCUGUUAUCUCUGCUCUGUGGAUGAACAUAAAGGCCACAACACAGUCUCAGCUGCAGCAGAAAGGACUGAGAGGCAGAAAAAGCUUGAGGGGAGUCGACAGACCAUCCAGCAGAGAAUCCAGGACAGAGAGAAAGAUGUGAAGCUGCUUCAACAGCAGGCGGAGGUCAUCAAUCUCUCUGCUGAUAAAGCAGUGGAGGACAGCGAGAAGAUCUUCACUGAGCUGAUCCGUCUCCUGGAGAAAAGAAGCUCUGAUGUGAAGCAGCAGGUCAGAUCCCAGCAGAAAAGAGAAGAGAGUCGAGUCAGAGAGCUUCAGGAGAAGCUGGAGCAGGAGAUCACUGACCUGAAGAGGAAAGACUCUGAGCUGGAGAAGCUCUCACACACAGAGGAUCACACCCAGUUUCUACACAACUACCCCUCACUGUCACCACUCAGCCAAUCAGCAUCCAGCAUCCAUAUCUGUCCUCUGAGCUGCUUUGAGGACGUGACAGCAGCCGUGUCAGAAGUCAGAGAUAAACUACAGGACGUCCUGAGAGAGAAGAGGACAAACGUCUCACUGACAGGGACUGAAGUGGAUGUUUUACUGCCACAACCAGAGCCCAAGACCAGAGCUGGAUUCUUAAAAUAUUCACGUGAAAUCACACUGGAUCCAAACACAGCACACACACAGCUUUUAUUAUCUGAGGGGAACAGGAAAGCAACAGUAAUGAGUCAAACACAGUCUUAUUCUAGUCACCCAGACAGAUUCACUGGCUGGUGGCAGGUCCUGAGUAGAGAGAGUCUGACUGGAUGUUGUUACUGGGAGGUGGAGAGGAGAGGAGCAGUGUAUGUAGCAGUCUCAUACAAGGAUAUCAGCAGAGCAGUGAGGUCAUUUGAAUGUGAAUUUGGAUUCAAUGACAAAUCUUGGGCGUUAUAUUGUAACAACAACACUUAUUUAUUUUGGUCCAACAAAGUCCAUACUACCAUCUCAGGUCCUGAGUCCUCCAGAGUAGGAGUGUACCUGGAUCACAGUGCAGGUAUUCUGUCCUUCUACAGUGUCUCUGAAACCAUGACUCUCCUCCACAGAGUCCAGACCACAUUCACUCAGCCCCUCUAUGCUGGACUAGGGUUUUAUGGUUCUCUUGGAGACUCUGCUGAGUUGUGCAAACUAAAAUAGACAGAAGUCAACACAACACAACAAACAAACAAACAGCUGAUUGUUGCGCAUCUCUCUCUCUCUGUC